AUGUUGCGGAUGGUUACAAUGAAAUAUUUAAGCUUAUUCAUUCUGGUAUUUCAAAAUCUACUUUAUAUUCUGUGUAUGCGUCAUGCAAGAUCACGACCAACCGAAAUGUUCAACUCUUCAUCUUUGGUAAUAAUGAGCGAAUGUUUGAAAUUCUUGACAUGUGUAUCAGUUCUAAGCAUUACUGGGAAUUUAAAAAACUGUUUAAAACUCAUACAACACAAUCCACUAGAUGUUUUAAUGACUUUUAUACCUGCUAUAAUAUAUGUCAUUCAAAAUCGUCUUCUUAUAACAGCUUUGAGUAAUUUAGAUGCAGUCACAUUUCAGGUGGCUUAUCAGUUGAAAUUGUUUACUACAGCAUUAUUCAGUAUGUUUAUUCUUCGGAAACCGGUUAGUAAAAUGCAAUGGUUUGCUUUGGUUUUAUUGUUUAUUGGAGUUGCAACAGUUGAAAGUCCCGUUAAUUCUAAUAAAACUAAUCACCCACCUAUAGCAUAUAAUCCUCCAUUAGGAUUAUUUUGUGCUGUAUGGGCAUCCAUAUUGUCUGGUUUGGCAUGUGUAUUUUUUGAAAUGCUUCUGAAAAAUACCAACAAAUCUAUAUGGCAUCGUAAUAUUGAGUUAGCUUUUGCAUCAAUUAUCAUUGGUAUACCUGUACAACUAUUGACCGAUUGGACUGAUAUUACACAAAAUGGCUAUUUUCAUGGUUUUGAUUGGUUUGUUUGGAUAGUUGUAUUUCUACAUGCAUUCGGGGGUUUAUUAGUAGCUUUAGUAGUUAAAUAUGCUAACAAUAUUCUUAAAGCAUUCGCCUGUUGCGUGUCAAUUAUUUUAUCAUGUGCAUUCUCUGUUGUAUUCCUUGGGAUGCAUUUGAGUAAUAGUUUCAUUUUUGGCACAUUAACUGUUAUCGUAUCAUCUAUUCUGUAUUCUAGUUAUCCUCCGAAAAUAAAUGCUCGAUAA